AUGCCACCAUUACCAGAUGUGACACUCGAAACAAUCAUAUUGCAUCAAGCAUCAGCAACGGCUGCACUCAAUGGAAUAUCAUCAUCUGAUGAACUUAAUUCGAAUAUAUUUAAUAGACAAGAUAUGGAUCUUGGUUCCGUAACUGUUAAUUCAUCAGAAGAAGAUGAACCUCCCACAUUAACUGAAGAUCCUAUACCUCAAUUAACUACCUGUCCAACUCCAUCAAUUUCAACCGGUGAACGCGAUCCACCAGUUAUAUUUCGUAAAACUCCAACGACAACAACUACCACUAUUGGUAUAUCUAAUCUUCCACAAGUUGAAGUACGAUAUCAAAAUCCUGAAAUUACUAAUAAUACCAGUAAUGAUGAUAAUACUAGUAUACUUGGUACAUUUCUUGGAUGUUUUAAACCAAUAUUUUCUGCCGUGAAUAGAUUUAGUGAAAAUAUUAAAUAUAAUAAAGAUACAAUAAGAACUUCAUUAGUCAAACCAAAUGAUGAUUGGGAAAUAUCAGUUGAUAAUAUAAUGAAUGAUUUAGAAUUAAUUGGUUCAGGUAUUGAAGGUUCUGUUUUUCACGGUAAACUUCAUGGUCAAGAUGUUGCAUGGAAACGAGUAAAAACUAAAGAUGAAACGAAUAUAAAACAUUUAAAAAAAUUAAAUCAUAUUAAUGUAAUUAAAUUUCGAGGUAUUGCAAUUGCAUCACCUUUGUAUUAUAUUGUUAUGGAAUAUUGUGCAUAUGGUUCAUUAUAUGAUGUAUUAAAACGACGUCGUGACAAGAGUUCUUGUACAAAACCAACACAAGUACUUGAUUGGUCAAGACAAAUUGCAAAUGGUGUUGAUUAUUUACAUAGUAAUAAAAUUGUACAUCGAGAUUUAAAAUCACCAAAUAUACUUUUUUCUGAUCAACAUACUUUAAAAAUAUCUGAUUUUGGUACAAGUAAAGAAUUAGUUCAUCGACGAAGUCAAAUCAUGUCAUUUAGUGGAACAAGUGCUUGGAUGGCACCUGAAGUUAUUAGACAAGAACUUUGUUCAGAAAAAAUUGAUGUUUGGUCUUUUGGUAUUGUUGUUUGGGAAAUUCUAACAUGUGCUGUACCAUAUAAUAAUAUUGACCCAACGGCAGUUAUGUGGGGUGUUGGUAAAGGUAGUUUAACAUUACCAGUUCCAACAUCUGCACCUGAAGGUUUUAAAUUAUUAAUGACAAAAUGUUGGAAUCAACAAUCAUCAGAUCGUCCAUCAUUUUCUGAAAUAAUUAAACAUUUAGAUAUCAGUGAACCGAAUAUAGUUUUAUUUGAAGAGGAGCAAAAAUAUGCUGAAUUAACACGUGUAUGGUCUAUUGAAAUUAAUAAACAUUUAUCACAAUUUCCAUCAAUCGAUAUUUCAUCCACACUUCGUAUGACAAAUGAUGAAUUAAUGAAAAAACGUCAAGAAGAAUUACAGCAUAUUAUUGAUAUACGUACACAUUAUCAAAAACGUGCACAACAAGUUGAUACACUUUAUAUGGAAUUAAAAUCUUUAAUGAUGCAAGUAGAAAAACGUGAACGUAUUAUUAAAGAAAAAGAACGUACUCUUAAUAUAAAUGUAAAAAAACGAACAACAAAUCCAAUAUCAGAAGCAAGAAAAAAAUCUUUAGAACUUAUUAAAAUUGCUACAUCGAAUUUAAAUGAUCCAAUACAUUUAUUAUCAUAUAAUAAAAAACGACAUGUAAAUAAAAUAAAUAAUGGAUCUUCAAAUAGUUCGGAUAAUACAUCAAAUCCAAUACCAAUUAUUCCAUCUUUAAUAACAAAGAAUAAUCAACGACGUAAAAAGAAUUCUGGUCAUAAUCGUACUAAUAGUAAAGAAAAUGCAACAUCACCACGAGAAGAAUCUACAAACAACAUUCCUAUACCAUCUAUUUCAGCUGAUAUAGAUUCAAAAUUGAAUGCAAACAAUCGCGAAUUAAAUGCCAAGAAUUUAAGACUUACUCUUGAAAAUCAAGUAGAUUCCUCACGAUUAUCAACUGAAUUUUCUAUACCUCCACGUAAAUCAUCGAGUAGUGAACCAGAGGAAUUUGAUAAAAAUUAUCAUCAUACUUUUCCACGAACACGACGACGUCGUCAUACAAGUUUAAAUAUUAAUAAUGAAAUAGAUCAUCAUUCUUCAACUAAUAAUUUACGUAAACAUUCAAAAACUGUUACAUUUCAUUUAUCAUCAUUAUCAACAAUAAAUGAUCAAAAAUUUCAACGUAAAAUAUCAAAACAUAGUUCUUAUACAUCAUCUGAAGAAGGUGAAGUUGAAGAAGUUCAUAGUGAUAGUUAUAUACUUGAUGAUGAAAAAUAUCGUGCAAAACAUAGUCAAUUAAAUGGAAAUUAUUCAUCCGAAAGUGAGAUUUAUAAUGAAAAAAAUAAUCAGUUAUCUUUAAAAAAUGAUGGUGUGUUUUCUGAUGAAGGUGGUCAUAUAUCAGACGAUCGACAUGAAUGA